GGCGGGCCGGGCCGGGCCGGGCCGGGCCGGCGCUGCCUUCCGGGGCUCGGCAGGGCGGCCGGAGCCGGGCAGGAUGCGCUCCGCCGGCCCGCUGCUGCUGCUCUCGGCCUGCCUGCUGCUGCUGCUGCUGCCGCCGCUGCCGCCGGCCGCGCCCGGCCAGGGACCGGCGGCGGCGAACGGCAGCCGCCUGCCCGCCCAGCCGGCCGCCGCGCCCGGCAACCACAGCGGGGCCCAGCUCAGCCCCGUGCCCGCCCUGCUCCGCGACCUCUCCGCGCUGAAGGCCGCCGUCAUCGGGGCCUGCGCCCUCACGGCCGCCCUCAUCGCCUGCCUCCUGCUCCGCGUCUUCAGGUCUGGCAAGAGGAUUAAGAAGACCAGAAAGUACGACAUAAUCACCACUCCAGCUGAGCGGGUAGAAAUGGCUCCUCUGAAUGAAGAAGAUGAUGAGGAUGAAGACUCAACAGUGUUUGAUGUGAAAUACAGGUAAAACAGUUCCAUGGAGAGUUGGUGCCCUGCAAGACGUCAUUCUGCUGUCGAGGGACCUGCUGAAGCCAUAACUGUGAAAGGGGAGGCUUUCAUCUCUGCAGCGUCACAACCAAACCAAGCCUCACCUCCUUGAGGUGCUGUUUGUACAGCAGGCUAUGGAUCUUCUGACCAAAAUGUCACCCCUUGGUUCCCUGGUUUCCAAACCACUGUGUUGGAAUGACCAGAGUUCCUCUUUGCAAACCCAGCUCUCUCUUGCUUUAGGAGGGCUGUGGUGUCACUAAAGCAUGACAAGACACAGCCCUGUGUACUCACUUGCAGCUCAUUAUGGUCUAAGUAAGUUUUGCAAAAGGAAGACUGAACCAAGCUGCCCUAAGGACUUACUUCCUAAAAUCCUAAUUCAAUACUUCAGUCACUGUUAAACUUUGGUCGUUGUUAAAGAGAUCAUGUGUUUAAAAAAACCCAAGAAGUGUAUUUUUGGGGCCUUACAGAUGUGAUUUAUGACUUUAGGUGGUAAAAAUGUAAGCCAUGUUGAAAUGCCAUGCUGUAUGUUUAGUGUAGGAUUUUUAGGGGCGAGGGAGUAAGAGGUUGACUCAUGUAGAAAAUUUUCUUGACUUGCUACUGACUUUUUUUUUUUAAAAAAAAAACAAUUGCACUAAGCUUUCAUGAUGACAUUCUCAUUGACAUUCUCAUUGUUCCAAGGAGCUCUGAUCAGACCAACUUCAAUAGAUGAGACCAUGGGGAAGUAGGAAGAAUCAGGCAUGCCCUAAACUACAACAAUCUUGGAUUAAAGAAGAUAUAUUUUUGUAGUUUUCUGCCCUUCCACAGGGAGUAAAACCAGUGUUUUGUACUGUCCUGUGCUGACUGUAACUUGUCUACAAUUCAUCUAUAUUACUCUUUUUCUAAGUAAAAUAAGUCCUCAUGUGGAAUGAUUAGAUUUCAGAAGGAAUACCUUAUUUUUCAUGAAAGUUUCAUGUAAGUGAUCUUAAUCUGUAUCAAACUGGAAGUUUUCCCUUACCACCUGCUUGACAAAUCCCAUUUAACUCAAGGAUGCAUUUUUAACCAUCAUUCCCUGCUGUGCUUUGUGCUGCAGAGGUCAGAGCUGUGGGAUGACACUGUGAGAAUUAGAAUGCUGCAUCUGGAUAGAUUGGGUUUAGGAGACCACAAGUAUGUACACUUUCCAGGCCACCGUUCUAAAGGGCAAACCUAACUGGGUUAGUUUCUUUACUUUGUGGUUUUCCUUUAAAGUAACCACAGAUGCAGUUCAGACUUUACUGUACCCUUUAACACCUUUUAGUUUGGGUUUUUAAGCUGGCUGGAAUCUUGCUUUUCUUGGGGAACGCAUGUUUUCUAAUUGUUUUAGGUUUGUCCCACUGUUUGCUUGACCCUCUACUAGCCUCCUGCAGUUACAACCCCUCAAGGCGACUGCAGUUUCUGGCAAAGCACCAGUCUUUCAGCGAGCUGCCAGUUUUGGGGUUGGUUUUUUUUGAAGGCCGAUUGGGAUUUGAGGCUUGCUGAGAACACUGAACAGCUUUGUCAUGAUACCGUGACCUAUGCCAGUUCUGCACGGUUCCCUUGGGCUCUGCAGUCAGGAAAUGGAGGUGAAGGGGAAUUUUUUUUUUUUUUUUUUUUUUUCUCCUUCCCAGCAGCCUUGCACUUUCAUCGGAGAAGCUCCCAUAACACAGCUUGCUUUCCCUAGCCGUGACUCAGCAAAGGCUUUGCAAACAGCCCACUCAGCCUGGAUGGAAAAAUCCCACAGCAGACUGUUGUGUUAAUAAUAGUCAUCAAGGCAAUAUAAAAAUACUAUGCUAUUUUCAUUCAUGGAAUGAGUUUGAGUCAUUCUGUAUACAGUUACUAAGCAAUAUUUAAUGUGUCAGCUGCGAGGUGAGGACGAGGCCAAGCAGGUUGUGUUCUGGCUGGUAGAAAUUGCAGAGACCAGUAGGUUCAAUGAUGGUGCGGGUUGAGGUAAGGUCUGGGGCUCUUUCCCCACCUAGGUGAAACAGGUGUCAGGCUGGCUGAUGCUGAAGGAAAUAUAUUGUGUCUCUUCAGGGCUAAAGUACUUUGAAGACCAAGUAUUGAACUUCUUGGGCAGACUGAGUCCUUUUGAAGUCAGAGAAGUGGCGAUGCUGAGAGAGGAGAAGGAGGUUAAAAGCUUCUGUCUGUGUUUGUGGAAGGAGGCGAUGGAGCGAGGUGACUGCCCUGUCAGAGCAGAUACCAUAGCAACAUGUUUGUGUCCACUCCUCUGCCAAACUCAUUAAGCUGAACAUCAGGUGCUGGGGAUGAGUGGUGGAGAGGGAAUGAAGCCUUCUCUUUGAACAAAAGAAAGGUGAGACCAUGUUAUGCAGGAGAGAGAUGAGAGGAAAAGUUGCAUAAUGGACACUUCUUUCCAAGGAUGUCAGUUCCUGAAAUAGGAGUUUUUCCCACAACUUUAGGUCACUUGCUGAGUUAGACUGGCGAAGGCCAUCCACUCCCUUUGCUUGUGGCUAAAAAAUCCCACUGUCUCUAUAACGCGGCCAAAUCUCAGUGGUGGACAGGGACCAGAUAUUUGAGAUGUUGUGAUGGAGGUGCUCAACUGCCACUGGGAUGCUCUGGCUCCUCAGAGAGGUGCCAAACCACGUGCCGUAAGCUAAAAAGUGCUUAUAGGGUAGCAGCAGCUGCUUGGUAGAAAUAAAAGGCCAACCUCACCAGUUGUUUAUGGUCAUGAAAAUAAUCCGAAUGCUUUGUUUGAUACUCAGUUGCUGUUGCAAAUGUGAGGCCAUGUUUACCUCUACAAAAGUUGCUGUAUGUGGUUUAAAGUGUCUGGUUAAAUAUUCUAUAGCUAUAUUUAGUUAAGAUUUUAAGAGCACUUGAUGUGACUCAUCUAAUAGUGUAUAUAUCUGAAUAUUUUUUUAAUGGUAGGAAUUAGUUUAAAACAUAGUUUUAAUAAUUUGAACUGUUUGGUUCAGAUAGUUUUAGGAGUUCAUCGGAAGAGAAAUAGCCAUUAACCACUACAUGAGUGUUUUACCUUAAUGUUCUGUGUAUCUUAACACUGCAGAUUUAGUCUGAUUGUGACUGUAAUGUGUCUUAAUAUCUGCUGCUAUUUUGUGUUGCAUAGUCAAAACUUGCUUUGUUCAAGAGCAUUCUUAAAGGCGUACUUUUUUGUUACAGAAAAUGAAAAAAACAUUAUUACAAAUGUCUGCCUGUAGCUCACUCACUGCUUACAAAAUCUACCAACUAGAAGCAGAGUCAAACAGAGCAAACAAAUUAGAGGCUUUCCUAUUUGUGCAUGCUGUGCUGUGGAGGAAAAACCCUGCACAGAAUUGCAGCUUCUUUACUCCAAUCUCAGCCGUUAUCGGAGAUUACAUUUGAGAAGCCAGAAGUUGGUGUGCCAUGCCUGCCUGCAGAAUUGAGUCAGAAAUGCACAGAUAGCUUUGUAUUUUUUUUUUUUUUUUUCUCUCCUUUUCCUCCUGAAAGAUGUGGAGAUGACUGCAAACGCUUGUUUAGUACACUAACUUGUGCUAUCCUAAUACUUAUCUUAAGCCCAAACUGACUUGGAAAAGUCUACAGGCGCUAAUGAAGCUUCAACAUACAAACAUAAAUGCACUUAAACGUUUUGUUUGGAACUAUUCUUUCUGAUUCACUGUAUGUGGUAUAAUCUCUGCAGGGUGGCAGGCUAUGGUUUUCAUUAAGGGCUUUUUCUUCUGUUAGAUGAGUUGCUGCUGCUGCAGUUUUUGUGUGAGGAGUUAUCAGGACCAUGCAUUUUGUUUUGUGCAAUCGCUUGAACUUUUUAAAACAUGUUUAAGAAAAUUUGUCAUUGUGACCAAAGCUGCUUCUUAAGAAAAAAUUGGUAAGACAAGUUUGAAUGGCCUUCUCAUGUUUCAAUAGAAACUGCCAUCAUUAAACAUGUUCUUGAAA